CCCGAACAUGUCUCUGUGCGCCAAACUUUGCUCACUUCUUCUACAGUGAUGCACCCGUCGUGUUUUGGAGCCUAGCUAGUGUUAAAUUAGGAUCUUCAGUUACUGGAGCAGAAAACAAUACAAGAUGAGUGCAGGUGGUGCAUUUGGUGGUAACAGGGGAAUGAGACCCGUUGCCCCUGAGAAAGGUGUUUUCCCGUUGGACCACAUGCAUGAAUGUGACUUGGAGAAAAAGGAAUACAUCAGCUGCCUUAAAACAUCAGGCUUUCAAUCAGAAAUUUGUAGACGCUUUUCAAAGAAAUACCUCGAAUGCCGUAUGGAGAAGAAUUUGAUGGCUAGACAAGACAUGAAAGAGCUUGGAUUUGGGAAAAAUUAUGAUGACGAAGAGCAGGAAGAAGGCAAGACUGAGAAAAUUGAUGGCAAGGACGUCAAAUCACCUGGUGCACAGGGUAAAACUUUAGUUAAGUGAAGUUGGAAUUACUGGGACUGUGUUCUGACGACUUCUUCAAACAGAGCUUCAGAUUUCAAACAUAGAAUAGACAAUUUAUUGUAACAUAAUGUCAGAUGAUAGGUGAACUAGUGGAAAAUUCCACUGUAAAUGAAUUUUGUGAUGUUCUCUGACAUAUCAAAUGAACAAAUGCCGUGUCAUUGAUGAACCCUUUUCUGAUUUACAUUUUUCUGUCUCUGCAGACUGAGUAAAAUGGUCUGUAGGUUGUCGGGAGCGUGUAUUUAAAUUCUGUCACUGGUUUAUUUUAUGAAUGCAGAUUUUCUUAGU